AUGGAAGAACAUUCAUAUUACGAGUUUAGGGAUAACCUAAUUAUAAAUAUUAUCAGAACGAAUGAUGUCAAUAAACCAUUUUACAGCUAUACGGAAUACAUUCUCGAGUUUAAAGUUCUGAACAAUCAGAAAAUUUUGAAAAAAAGGUUUUCAGAUUUCGUAGCUUUUUAUGAGAAACUAAAAGAUGAGUUAUAUACAAAAUUUAAUGAGAAUUUAGAAAAGGUUGCUGUUAUUCCAACAAAGAAAGUUUUUGGUAGAUUAAACUACAAUUUUGUUGAAGAAAGAAGACAAAAGCUUGAAUUGUUUUUAAGAAACAUUACAAAAUACAAGAAAGUAUAUUUGUGUGAUAAUUUUUAUGUGUUUUUAUCUUUAGAUAAUAUUACAAAAUACCUUUAUAAGUUAUUGUGUACAGAAAUUGAUGAUGUUAUAUGCAUUGAAAAUUUGCUGAAACAAAUAAAUUAUAUUCUAUUCAUGUCAAGAAACAAUACGCUUAGAAGCGCAGAAUGCGAUAUAAUAAAUUUUCUAUUUUAUCUUAAGAAUAAUUUAAAAUUAAAUAAUGAUGUAAAAUUUUUUAUUUUAAAUAUUUUCCUCCACCAUUUAACAUAUACAAAAAACUCAGAAAAUUUAUUGAAUGUUCCGCUGAUGAAGUUUUCUUUUGAGGUUAUUUACGAUAAUUUGAAAGGUAAACAAAUCAAUGAGAUAUUACUAAAGACCGCUUCAGAGAUUAUCCUUAGAAUCGCGGAUAAAAAAAAUGAAGUAUUUUUAGAGUAUCUAAAAAUAUACAAUUUCAAAGAAAUUUGUUCCAUUUUUAAUAUUAUAAAUAAGAAAAAGGAAAAAGAAAAAAAAAAAAAACAGAAAAAAAAACAGAAAAAAAAACAAAAAAAAAUAAAUACACUUAAAAUAGAUAGUAUAUCAUGUAAUAUAUAUAUACUAAUUUCUUUACUAUUAUUAUCAUCUAUACAUAUACCAGAAAUUCAAGAUUUUUUUUCUGUAAAAUAUAAUAAUACAAAUAAAGGCAUACAAAUUUUAGGGUAUAUGUAUGAAAGCUUAAAUAUAAAUAUACAAAUCAUAUGUUGUAUAAUACUUUCCCUAUUAAUUAUAAAUAAAAAAAUAAUAGAUGAAGAUACAAUAAAUAAAACAAAAAUGUCAAUAUUGUUAAUACAAAAUGAAAUUCAAAACAUAAAAAACGUAGACUACCAAUUAAUCGAAAUAAUAUGUAGUAAAAAAAACAUAACUAUAUUAAAUAGUAUUUUAGAACAUUUAUUGCAAAAUAAAGAAAUAGAAUAUAACUUAAUGUUAGACAAUAAUGAAUAUUUAGAAAAAUAUUUAAUCAAUGAUAACCCAUUUGAAAAGGAUUUAUUUUAUGAAAAGAAAAUAGAAAAUGCAGAUUUUAGUAAUAACGAUAUAAUAUUACAAUUUAUUUUAUAUAUUAUAAAUAUAGGAAUCAGUGAAUAUUUUUUAUUAAAAAAAAAUAAUAAAUAUAUUAUGAAAAAUAAGUUGCUUAAAAUGAAAAUAAGAAGAAAAGAAAUAGAGAGGGAAAAAAAAUUAUUAAAAAAUAUAAAAAAAAAAAAUGGAAAAAAUAAUUCUAAAGUUAAAACACAAAAAGAUAUGUCUGUAUUUAUUGAUGAUUCAAACUUUAGUGAUGGAAAUGAUCAUGAAACUAAAUAUAAAAAUACAAAUAUAUAUUCUAAGAAAAAAGAAAAUAAUAUUGAAAAGAAAGAAGAUAUAUACACAAAUUAUGAUAUUGAAAGUGUUGAUAAUAGUUAUGAAAAUGUUAGCGAAGUAAGCAAAAAUGAAAGUGAGCUCUCAAUUCGGAAAAAAAAAAAAAAAAAAAAUAAUAAUAAUAAAGGACAAUAUACUUCUUCUGAAUCUACAAAUUCUGAACAAAAUGAUAGUUCUUAUUAUUCUGCUUCUAACAACAAUAUUAGUCGUAAAAACAUAACAACAAAUAAUAAAGAUAAGGAUAGUGCUUUAAAAAAUAAAAAUAAUAAUGAAUCUGAUUUUAAAAAUAAAUUUGAGCAAAACGAGAUGAAAUUCUCAGAAAGUUCGCAUAUUUCCGAAUUAUAUUCAUUUACUAGUGACUACGACAGUGAAAACAAUAGUAGUGGCGAACAAGAAUACAAGAAUGGAGAAGAAAAGGGUGAAGAAUAUAAUUGUAAUAAAGAUUCAUUUGUUUUUGAUAAUCUUGACGAGUUUAAGAAAAUUAUAUAUGACGAUGAAUUUAGCAUAGAAUCGGGAAGCCUAAAAGAUGAUAUUGAAAAUGGGGAAAAUAGCGAAUCGUCUACUAUUGAUAGUGCAAACGAAAAUGAAGAAGGGAAAUCGAAUAAAGAUAAAGUAUAUAAAAUUAAAGAAAAAAUAAAAUUAUUAAAAGAAAAUAGAAAAAAAUUUACAAGAAAAAUAAGAAGAAUAAAUGAGCAAAUAAUAUUAAUAUUAUGUAAUGAAAAUAUGAUAAGUAAUAUAUAUAAAUGUGCUUAUAUAAAUAAUUAUAAAAUAAAAAUAUAUGCUUGUAUAAUUCUAUGUUAUAUUCAAAAUAUCAGAGAAUUAAUUACAAACAAACAUUUACAAAAUAAGUAUAUUAAAAAUAAAACAAAUGUGAAAGGAAAUGAUAAAAGAAUAUUAGCUAUUACUAAUAUUGGAGAAAAAUUUAGCGACGAUGAAUAUGUAAUUCAGAAGGAAAUAUCUGAAGUUAAUGAUAAUGUUGAAAAAUACAAAAAUAAUGAAAUGAAUAAUUGUGGAAAUAUAGAAAAUGGACAAGCUGAAGAAAUAAAUAUAACAGAUAAUAGUAUGCGUGAUCCAUAUUAUAAAAAAAAUUAUGAAUCAGACAUAAAUGGAAAAGUAGAAAUGCCAGCUCCAGAUUCAAUGAUAAUAAAAAAAAAUAAUAAAUAUUUUAUAUGCAGUGUUGAACAGGAUUAUUAUAAUUACAUAUAUAAGUUUCAUAUUAUUAACACAUUAUUAUAUUAUUUAUUUAAUGAUGCUUGUUUUUAUGAACACAUAUUUUAUGGUGUGAAAACAUUUAUUGAUAAUCAAUCUAAUAUUAUGAAUCUUAACUAUUUUAAAAUAAAAAAUAUGGAUUUUUCAAAUAUAAAUUUUGGUUCCAUAUAUAGAGGAAAUAAUGAAAAUAAGAAGGGGAAUAAUAAAAAAAAAAAUAAAAAAUUAAAAAAUAAAAUGAAAAAUUAUAAUAAACGAGAUAAACAAUCCGAUUCCACAAGUUCCUAUUAUAAUGAUGAAAAUGAUAAAGAAAAAAAUACAAUUACAAAUAAAUCAAAAACAAACAAAAUUAAAAAUAUGGAUGGAGUAGAAUCUAUUAGUAGUUUAAACACUAGUUAUAGUGAUAAAGAAAAAAAAAUGUGUAAAAAUUUUGACAAAAAAAAUCCAAUAGAAGAUGAAGAAGCAUAUACAAUAGAAUCAGCAUUUCCCGACAAAAAUAAUAAUGAAAUAAAUUAUGAAGGAAAUAUAAAUUCACUACAAAAUCAAAUUGUACCAUAUACAGAUUCUAAAAUAUAUAAUCAUAUAAAUAAUGUUUUUAAUUAUGUAGACAAUUUGAAAAAACUUGGAUAUCUUAACAACAUUAUUGUUAAUUUAUAUAUGGUUAUUAGUAAUAAAUUAAAAAAAAUAAACUUUGAAUUUUUAUUUAGAAUUAUAAGAAAUAAAUUCGAAGAAAAAAGAAAAACAAUUAAAAGUAUAAAUAAACUUAAAAAAAAAUACGAACAUGUUAAUAUUGUUUAUAAUGAUUAUAUACAACUACAAUAUGAAUAUAAUAAAUGUAUGAAUAUUGGAGAUAAAUUAUAUGAAGAAUUUGAAGAAAUCGAAAAAAGACGAAAAAAAUUAAUGAAAAAUCAUAAAACUAUGCAUUCUAAUGUAAGCCGUUAUAGAAAAGACCUUAUUAAAAUUGAAAAAAUAAUUGAAGAAACACCAUAUAUUAAAAAUUGUUUAAAUGAAAAAUUAAAUAAAAUUAAAACAAAUAUAUUAAUGUAUAAAAAAGAUAAAAAAAAAUUAUCACUUUUUAUAAUAUUACAUAAAAUAUAUUUAGAUAAUUAUAAUUAUGCAUAUAGUAAAUUAAAAAACAUGGAUACAUUUAUAGAAAAUUUAGAAUUGUUAGGAAAUGAAUUUGAAAAAAAUAUGAAUUUAAUAUUAAAUGAAUUCACUUAUUUAAUUUCAAAUGAUUUAAUUCUUGUAAAUUUAUUAAAAGAUAAACUUAAUAUAACAAUAAAUUGUGAAAAUAUAUCUCUACUUUUAAAAAAAGAAAAAUUUAUGAAUAGCAUUAAUUAUAAAAUAUGUAACGAAAAUAGUCUUCACAUUGUAAAUAAAGAUGUUUCUUUUCUUGAAAAUCAAGAUAUUUAUUAUUUAAUAAAUUUAUCAAAUACUAAUAGUAGCUCAAAUAAUAAUAGUUUUAUUAAUGAAUAUAAAAAUAAUUAUAUUAAUACAAAAUAUGAAGGAAAUAAUAAUAUAUUGGAACAAAAUAAUUGGGAAUAUUCUGAAUGUACAUUAAAUUCACGAAAUCAUAAUAAAAUAAAUAGUUGUAAUGAUAAUGAAAGUAUUAAUGAAACACAUAAAUGGAAUUCAAAAAAUAAUUUACACACAAAUAAAUAUAUGAAAAAUACAAAUAAUGAUUUUACUGAUCAAACUGAAGCAUUUAGUAGCUAUAUGGAUGAACAUAAUUAUGUUGAAUAUCAAUAUCAAAAUCAAAAUAAUAAUAUUUCAGAUAAUGUAAAUCUAAGAACAACUACUAAAAAAUGUGAAAAUCAAUCUGAAUUAGUAAACAAUUUAGAGAAAGAUGAAAAUAUUUUAAUUGAAGAAAAUAUUGAUGAUGAUCAUCAUAUAUCAGAAUAUUAUGAACAGACAGGAAAAAAUAAUUUGGCUAGCCAAUAUGAAGAAUACUAUGACAAUGAAAAAGGAAAAGAUGAAAUGAUAGAAAGAAUUGGAGAAGGAACAGAAAAUAAUGAUAAUUUUUAUGGAAAUAUAAAUUUUGAUGAUGUUGCAACAUCCAGUGAUGAUGAUAAUAAUGAAAUAAAAAAUAAAAUAAAUGAAUUUAACAAUUUUAAAAAUAUAGGUAUUUAUGGUAUUCCACCUGAAGAUAUUAAAAUUAAUAAUGAUAAAAUUAGUCCAAAACUAUUCUACGAAAUAUUGGAAAUCUUAAAACGUCGAAGAACACACAUUGAAAAAAUGACAUCCCCUGAGAAUAAUCAUAUAUAUAAAAACAUACAUAAAUUUAACAACUUCCUAAAUAAAUGUGCUCAAAAAAUAGAAAUAUGUAGGAAGUUUUAUUCUAAAAUUACACAAAAGCUGAGUACUAUGGGAACAUUUUCUAUGGUCAAGAAAUCCGAGUCGAUUUACAAGUUCAUUCGAGAGUGGGACGACAAAAUCGAGGCCCUAAAUGAAGAGAUCAAACUUAUCGAGGUAGAGAAAAAUAAUAAAGAAAAGGAAAUAGCGAUACAGCAAAAGAAAAUUGAGAAAAAAGAAAAUGAAAAAGAAGAAAAAAAAGAAGAAUUGGGAAUGAUAGUUGCAGAAAUGUAUAAGCAUAAUAAUAAACUUAAAAAAAUGUACAAGCGUGAUGAAAAGAUAAUCCUAUUAAUCCUUUAUAAUUCUUGGUUUUUUUAUCAUUACAUAUAUAUUAUAUAUUUAAAUGCAAUUAAAUUAAAAAAUUAUUUAGCUUACAAAGUUAGUAUUGGGGAAAUGUGCCAAGUAUCAGCAAAUUAUACAAUAAUGAACAUAAAUUCUUUUUCUGAAUUGAUUAACGAACACGAUUAUUAA